ACACGUUGCAUACUGUUUUUCUUAGUUUGUUCCUUCUUCUUAAUGUUAUAAAAACGUUGGUUGGUUCUAAUUUUACUUGUGCGAGUCCCAAUUUUAAUUUAACCAUGGACGAACCGAUUAUUCCACCUCAUUUUUUCGAGGCGGACAAUAGACAAGAUGAAACCAACUGGGAUCACGAACUACGUGAAGAGUUCCAGUGCCAAGUCUGCAUGAAUUACAUGCACCCCCCAAUAUUUUUGUGCGAAACUGGCCACAACUACUGCAGAAGUUGCUUCAACAAACUAAGCCAGUGCCCCACUUGCGGGGCACCCAAGAAGCAAACCAGGAACUUCACAAUGGAACGUUUGUGGCACAAGGUGGUUUUACCCUGCACAAACGCGGAUAACGGUUGCGACGUGAUGGCGAGGGGCCCAGACGUUCUGCGUCAUCAGCUCAGAUGCGUCUACCAGCCGAGCAAUUGCCCUUACAAACACAUCGACGGUUGCACCUGGAUUGGGUGCCCAUCGGAGUUCGAAACGCAUUUAAUCGAGAGACAUCAGGAAACGAUUUGGCACAACUUCUCCACCGUUGAUAUUCGAGACAUCUCGUCGCCGUGUCGUACACUUUUCCAUGCGGUAUUUUACACGGACAGAGAGCUUUUCUACUUCUGUUAUCAAAUUACCAAUGGGCAAUUUAAAGUUUGCGUUAUUAAAUUGACCAAUUUCACGGAGACUGAUUUUAAAUAUCGAUUUGUCAUUUUACGUUCGGACGGCGAAACCCCGGCGCUUCAAUAUGAAUGCCCCACAUCAUACAUGAGAAAUUUCAAUCCCACUAAUAUCUCCCAAUAUUUUUGUUGGGGGACCGCCUAUAUUAAGGAAUUUGCCGAUGCCAGUGGUACCAUCUCUGUAACAUGCACUAUAAUAGAAAAGAGGAAUACCAGGCAUAUGUGAAUGAAAAAGAUGAAUUCAUUAUUAAAAUCCUUUUUUAAUAUGUCAUCAUUUUUCGAAAUUUGUAAACUUUUAUUGAUUUUUUUUCAGUAUUACUUAGUGCUAUACAAUAUGUGUUGUAAUGUCCUCGUAUUUCGUAUAUAUUUCUAUGUCUUAAAUUGUCAUUUACAUGUUUUUAUUUUUAAUAUUUUUGUAUGACUACAUCUUAACACAUUAUUAAGAGUGUGUUUUUGAGUAAAAAAAGUAUUUUUUGUGUAUAUUUUUAAAUGAGAAUAUAGCAUUACCAUUUUA